GUUACCUCACUGCCUGAACCAGCCCCUCCAAGCCAGCCUGGUCCCCAGAGCCCCAACCGAGGGGGUCCCUGCCGCAGCAUGGAGGGUUACUCUGAGGAGGCCAGUCUGCUGCGGCACCUGGAGAAGGUGGCCAGUGAGGAGGAGGAGGUCCCGCUGGUGGUUUAUCUGAAGGAGAAUGCGGCCCUGCUGACGGCCAAUGGGCUGCACCUGUCCCAGAGCCGGGAGACCCAGCAGUCCCCACCGACCCCUCCUCCAGCUGAGGACCACAGCCCAGCCACAGAUGUCAACCAGAACCUCUCCUCAGCCAGUACCACUCUCACUGCCACACCAGCUUCCAACAGCGCCCACAACCCACCAGCCACAGACGUCAAUCAGAACCCAGUGGCAACUUCCAGCCCGCAGAGCUUGCCACCAGCCAAAACCCCGCAGAACGCUUCCAAGGGGCCGUUCCCCUCCAAUGGCUCUGUUCCGGAUUCCCAGCUGCCCAGUGCCCCGGGCCCUGAUGGGCAAUCCCCAGCACAGGCAGGGGAGGAGGUGAUGUUCAGCACAUUGCUCAUUGACAAGGUGUCAACCCCACUGACCACCACCAGCACCUUCUCCCGGGAAGUCACGCCCAUCUCCAGCUCUGGGCCCCACGGCCCCGACUUCCUGUCUAGUUCCCUACUCAUCGAUGCACAGCCCAGCGCCUUCAGGCUGGCAUCAGAACCAGACAUGUGUGGACAGGCAGCUGCUACCACACCCACCAAGGCAUACAGCGAGGUCCACCUCACGCUGGCCAAGCCCCCUUCGGUGGUCAACAGGACGGCCAGGCCUUUUGGGAUGCAGGCAUCCAGUGGCAGCGGCCAAGUAGAAAGGAGCCCCAUGGUGGAGAGACGGCAUCUUGGGGAGAAGGCCGUGGCUCCCCAGCUCCACAGCUCUCCCACUGUGGCAGACAGGAGCCCACGGCCACAGAGACAUGUGAUGUCCCCCAGCCCCAUGGUAGAGAGGAGGCUGGUGGGGCAGCGAAGCCCAGUCAUGGAGAGACGCCCCUUGGGACACUUCACCCCACCCCCCACCUAUGCUGAGACCCUGUCAGCGGCUCCCCCAGCUUCCCGAGUUCGCUCUCCCCCAUCCUACUCUGCCUUGUACCCCAGCUCUGACCCCAAGCCUUCUCAUCGGAAAGGCCAGGCAGCUCCUGCCAGCAAGACAGGAAUUUUGGACGAGUCAAUGGCCCGCCGGGGCAGCCGCAAGUCCAUGUUCACCUUUGUGGAGAAGCCCAAAACCACUCCGAACCCUGACCUGCUGGAUCUGGUGCAGACAGCUGACGAGAAGCGCAGGCAGAGGGACCAGGGGGAGGCGGGCGUGGAGGAGGAGCCCUUUGCCCUGGGUGCCGAGGCCUCCAACUUCCAGCAGGAGCUGGCCCCUCGGGACAGGGCCAGUCCCGCAGCAGCAGUAGAGGAGACCGUGCCUGAGUGGGCCUCCUGCCUCAAGUCCCCCCGCAUCCAGGCCAAGCCAAAGCCCAGACCCAACCAGAACCUGUCGGAGGCCUCGGGGAAGGGGGCUGAGCUGUAUGCCCGCCGCCAGUCACGCAUGGAGAAGUAUGUCAUCGAGUCUGCAGGCCCGACAGCCGCUGAGCUGGCUCGCUGCCCUUCCCCUACCAUGUCCCUGCCUUCGUCCUGGAAAUACUCCACUAGUGCUCCUGGGGGCUUGCGAGUGGCCUCUCGCAGCCCGGCACGGACCCCACCUGCCUCUCUCUACCAUGGCUACCUGCCUGAGAACGGGGUCCUGCGUCCAGAGCCCACCAAGCAGCCACCGCAGCACCACAUGCGCCCCUCCCUCUUCGCCCUCUCACCCAUCAAAGAGCCUGCCAGGGCCUCGCCCAGAGCUGCCUCGCCCAGAGCUGCCUCCCCAGCCAAACCCAACUCCCUGGACUUGAUGCCCAGUCUGCCCAAGGCAUCCCUCCCGCCAUCCCCUGCACUGCCAAGGCCUGCCCGCUCCUCUCCAGGCCUCUACACCUCACUGGGCCAGGAUGGCCUGCAAUCCACUGCUGUGAGCCCCACCUACGGCAGCGACGUCUCCCCCGUGUCGCCCUCCAGGGCCUGGUCUCCCAGAGCCAAGCAGGCACCCAGGCCCUCCUUCUCUACUCGCACUGCUGGGAUCGAGGCUCAGGACCGCCGGGAGAGCCUGCCCACCUCCCCGCCCUGGACGCCGGCCGCGUCCCGUCCCCCUAGCAGCCUGGAUGGCUGGGUGAGCCCGGGGCCGUGGGAGCCCGGCCGCGGGAGCAACAUGGGCAGCCCCCCGCCCUUGCCACCGCCGCCUCCCAUGUCGCCCUCGUGGAGCGAGCGUUCCGUGUCCCCGCUGCGCUCCGAGCCUGAGGUGCGACCUCCCAGCCGCCAGCUGCAGGCCCUUUUAGCGAGAAACAUCAUCAACGCUGCCCGACGCAAGAGCGCCUCCCCGCGGCCGGCGGGCGCCGAGAGCCUGCGGCCCUUCUCCCCGCCCCGCGCGCCGCCGCCGCCGCCGCCGCGCAUGCGCUCGCCGCAGCCCGCGCGCCCCGGCCCUCCGGCGGCGCCUGGGGCCGCGUUCGCCCCGAUCCUGAGGAGUCCGCUGCCCGUCGGGGCUCGGUCCUGUGCCAGGCCCCGGAGCCCGCUGCCCGCGCCACCCAGGCCCUUCCCCUACCGCCGCUCGCCCACGGACUCCGACGUGUCCCUCGACUCCGAGGACUCCGGGGCCAAAUCGCCCGGCAUCCUUGGCUACAACAUCUGCCCCCGCGGGUGGACGGGCAGCCUGCGGCUCAAGCGGGGCAGCCUCCCCACAGAAGCCUCCUGCACCACCUAAAGCCCCUGCCGCUCCGGCCCACGACCACCCCACGCGGCCCGAGCUGCAGAAGGAAGAGUGACCGGGCUUGGGGGACUCCUGUACUAUGUCCCUGUCGGGUCUGGGACAGGGACCCCAACUUGGUUUCUAGCCUUUGUUCUGUUAUCUUUUUGCCUCAUGUUGGGCAAGAAUCUUCCUUUUUUUGACCUUUGGCUGCCCCACCGGUUUAACAUAGCCUUCAAGGCAACAAGCCAGCAUGUGUCCUGGGGAUAGGAGCCCCCCAGCUUGCAGCAUGCCCCCACCCCCAGCUCCCCUGUGCUCCCCACGACCCACACAGACCCUGCCCUGCGCGUCCAGUUCCCUGGCACCGCCACUGCCUGGGCAGAAGCAACUGUUUUCCGUCUCUUCCCAGACAAUCUCUAUUUUUACCCGGUGACCUUUAGAGAAGUCUCCCAGGCCAGCUCAAGGUGCCCGGCUGUCCCUUCUGGGGAGGCAGGAAGAGUGUCCCAGCCUCCGCCUCUCGCCCUUCCCGACACAGCCCACCUCAGAGGUUCCAAGGCACAAUCUCGCCCCCCCACCCCAGGACUGGGCCCCGAGCCUUCUGAGCCUACACAUGAUGGGUUCUGGAUCCCAAGCAGAGCUGAGGGACACAGAGGGAUCCUGAGGCUUUAUCUGUGACUCACGGGUUGGGGAUACCUUCUUGCUGAGACAGACCAAGGGUUUGUAGUCAGGGGAAGAAAGCAGGCAGCCCUCACUACAGCAAAGGUGGGGAUGGACGACCCAGGGCCCCUCCAGGCCUGGAAUGUAAUUCUCGGUGAAAGGGAGUAGUAAAUGCAGGGAGGUAGAGAUCCUGUGGGCCUGAACACAGGGCAACAGGACAGGGGAGCAUGAAUGAGGGGUGAGGCUACACUAUGCCCGCGUUUCUGACCGCCCUAGAAAGUGCCCCUUCCUCAUUCUCAUCCCUCAGUCUGUCCCACACUUGUUAGAGUGGGAUCUGCCUCCUCCCCAGCUAAUGCCCAACUCUCCAUGACUUGGUGGUGGAGGUGGGGGUACUGGCUGCUGGCUCCAACCAUUGCAUACACUUCAGUGGCUUCUGA